UGUCCCGCUUUAAAAUCACCCUCUCUCCUCCUUCCGUUUUCCUCGUUCUUUCUUCUUCCCUCCCCCAUAUCACCCCAUUGACUUUCCCCUCAACUUACCCCCUCUGCUCUGCUCCCUCAUCUUCUGAUCACACUCUUACUCGAGGCGUGAUCUCUGAAAAACCGGCAAAAUUUUCGCCACACUUCUUAACUCACGGCACCACCCGUUCAACGGCCGGCGCUCAUCCAACCGUGGUGGGGCACCGGAAAACUCCAUAUACAUCCAAUAAACAAUUCCUGUGUCCACAGAACAUCCUCAAUCCCGCCAUCUUCGUCAAUUACCUGUUCCUGAAUCUCACUUGAUUUCUGUGAACACAAUGGCCCCCCACGCAAGCUCGGAUGUUGCUGCCAAUGGCACCGUGAACGGGUCCGCUCGUGCCUCUAGUGCCCCUCUGUUUACCGUCAACUCGCCCAAUGUCGUCUACACCGACGCCGAAAUCAAGAGUACCUACACCUACCAUACUACUGAUGUCACCCGCUCUGCCGAUGGCAAGUUUGUUGCUACUCCCAAGGCGACUAACUACCAGUUCAAGGUGGACCGUAAGGUUGGCAAGGUUGGUAUGAUGCUGGUUGGUUGGGGUGGAAACAACGGUUCCACCGUGACUGCUGGUAUCAUUGCCAACCGUCGUAAUCUCUCCUGGGAGACUAAGGAGGGACAGCGCGAUGCCAACUACUACGGCUCCGUCGUCAUGGGUUCCACCAUCAAGCUCGGAACUGAUGCCAAGACUAGCGAAGAGAUCAACAUUCCCUUCCAUGACAUGCUGCCCAUGGUCCACCCUAAUGACCUGGUUAUUGGUGGUUGGGACAUUAGCAGCUUGAACCUCGCUGAAUCUAUGGACCGUGCACAGGUUCUAGAGCCUACUCUCAAGCAGCUUGUCCGCAAGGAGAUGGCUGAGCUGAAGCCCCUGCCUAGCAUCUACUACCCGGACUUCAUCGCUGCCAACCAGGAAGACCGUGCUGAUAACAUCCUGGAGGGUUCCAAGGCUUCUUGGGCACAUGUUGAGAAGAUCCAGAGCGACAUCCGCAACUUCAAGGCUGAACACGGUCUCGACAAGGUGGUUGUCAUGUGGACUGCCAAUACUGAGCGCUAUGCUGACAUCCUUGCUGGCGUUAACGACACCGCUGACAACCUGAUCAGCGCUAUCAAGGCUGGCCACGAGGAGGUUUCUCCCUCGACUGUCUUCGCAGUUGCCUGUAUCCUGGAGAACACUCCCUUCAUCAACGGAUCUCCUCAGAACACUUUCGUUCCUGGUGCUCUUGAUCUUGCUGAGAAAUACAAUGCUUUCAUUGGUGGUGAUGACUUCAAGUCUGGCCAGACCAAGAUGAAGUCUGCUCUGGUUGACUUCUUGAUCAACGCCGGUAUCAAGCUUACCUCUAUUGCCAGCUACAACCACCUUGGAAAUAACGACGGCAAGAACCUAAGCUCCCAGAAGCAGUUUCGCUCCAAGGAAAUCUCCAAGUCCAAUGUAGUUGACGACAUGGUCGCUGCUAACAGCAUCCUCUACAAGGAGGGGGAGCACCCCGACCACUGUGUGGUGAUUAAAUACAUGCCUGCUGUUGGUGACAACAAGCGUGCUCUUGACGAAUACUACGCCGAGAUCUUCAUGGGCGGCCACCAGACCAUCAGCUUGUUCAAUAUCUGCGAGGACUCGCUCCUCGCCUCCCCUCUGAUUAUUGAUUUGGUUGUCAUUGCCGAGAUGAUGACCCGUAUCAGCUGGAAGGCGGACGAGUCUGCUGAGUACAAGGGCUUCCACAGCGUUCUCAGCGUCCUGAGCUACAUGCUCAAGGCCCCUCUGACUCCUCCUGGCACCCCCGUUGUCAACGCUCUCGCCAAACAGCGCAGCGCCGUGACCAACAUCUUCCGUGCCUGUGUUGGAUUGCAGCCUGAGUCUGACAUGACGCUCGAGCACAAGCUUUUCUAAACUCGCCGCUUGAAUAGGAUGUAUCCUAUCGGCACGUUU